AGGAGCGAAGUCCACACACCAAGGGAUCAUCACCACUAUUCCGGUUUGAUGAAACUUGAAGAUAGGAAGUAGGCUAAACUAUGAGAAGUUUUUCUACACACGCGUAAUUACGCACGUCAGUCCGUUUCCUUCUUUCAAGGUGCUUCUUUUUUAAAAGGAUGCUGGACCCCAAGGACAGUGGGGUGACUAUGAUGUCCAGUCAUAAGAUUUCCUUUUCUAUAAUUGAUAUAUUGGAUCCGAACAAAUUCAACAGCAAAAGGGGAGACGAACUUUCGAUAGUCAAGGAAAAGUUCCCUGUGCCUCAUGAAGAGGGAAUAAGUUUGGACUCGGACAGCACUGCAGCUGAAGACUUCAGAGUUGAGCGCACGAAAGCAGGGGAAGAUGAUGAACACUCUGCAGCCUCCAGGCAUCAUGCGGUUGUUGCUGACCCCCUUUUGCUCUCCCCACCGGCUGAAACAGAGCCUUGUCUCACCGCGGAGCAGGAUGAGGGAGAGUCAACUGCCACCCUGCAGGACCCCUCCCCUCACAAGCGGCGGCGUUCGGACCAGGCCUGUGCCAAACCACGGCGUGCCAGAACAGCGUUCACGUACGAGCAACUGGUGGCUCUGGAAAACAAGUUCCGCGCGACCCGGUACCUGUCUGUGUGCGAGAGACUAAACCUGGCUUUGUCCUUGAGUCUGACCGAAACCCAGGUGAAAAUCUGGUUCCAGAACAGGCGGACGAAAUGGAAAAAGCAGAACCCUGGGGCGGACAGCACCUUGCAGGCCGGCUCAACCUCCCUGGUCAACGUCAGUCCAAACCCGCCUACCUGUGGGCCAAGCCCCGCCAGCUUCCACCAAACUUUCCCCACCUUCAGCUCUGGGAAUGUGAUGUUCCACACCACUGGUGGUGUUCCGCUUUCAUCCACUGGGGGGCUCUUGCAUCCCUUCAUUUCCAGUGGUUUCGUCCAGCCGACUUAUUUCAAUCCACAUCUAUGAGAGAAGCCGAUACUGACAUAUUGCAGCCGGUGAUACUUUUGGGCAAACAAAUAUAACUACUCACAGCUGAGCGUUCAAUGCCCAGAAUCAUUGUAACUGCUGCAUUAAUGUCAUAUCAUGUUGAACAAACUCAGAAGAGAAGGAGGCUCCAGUUUGACAGCUUUUGCCAUGUCCAUUAUCAUUUUCCUUAACUGGGUAACCUUUAGAGAAAACCUCCACAUGAGACUCUAAGUAGGCUGUUGACUGUCUUUAAUCUUUUGUCAUGCACCUUUUUCAAAACUUGAACAUCAUUACAAAAGACCAAAUUAAAUCUGUGACAAAGUCUAACAAUUAUUCAAACAUUCAUGUUCCUUCAUAGCUAUGUGAAAAGACUGCACAACAUGCACUGUUGUAUAUCAUUGUGUUUGCUGAAACGCCUGCUAAUGAUGUAUGUUUAACAGCUCAUACAGUUUCAUUUUCUGCAUUGGUGUACGGUCUUACAUCUCAAACGGUGGCAUUUUGCAACCAUCCAAUAACCAGCUGUGUGUCUACCUCUCAAAGGCUUGCACAGUCACGUCUGUUGUCAUUU